AUGGAAACCAGAACAGUCCAACCCAUCUUAGAUAAAAUAUAUUUUCUUAAAAUCUUUAAUCUAUUUGACAUUUAAACAUAUUAAGAAGAUUCAAAAGGAAAAUUUUAAAUUUACAAAUAAAAUACAAACCUAAUUAUAAAUCUUUCAUCCUAACUAAUUUAAUGUUCAGUUAUGUAAUAGAUCAAAUCUCAAAGUUCCAAACUAUAUUUCUUGUUUGGAUAUUUAAAUUACUAAAAACUAGAUUGUACAUUAAAAUAUUUUGUUAGAAGUAUUUUGAUUACAUGUUAACAUUAUAAUUAUUUUUUAACUCCACUUUUAUUUUUAAGCUUAGCAGAGCUUUUUAUAAAAUUUGUCUAAAUUUAAUUAAAUUAGAAAAAAUUCUAACUUAUCAGGGAUUGUACAAAAUCCUACUCUAAAUAGUUGGGAUGUUAUAUUUAAAAUCCUACUGUUUACUAAAAAUAUUUAAUUGAAAAAUUUCUUCGAUUUUAUCCAGAUUUCAACUUUAAUCACAAUUGUUAUUGGAUAUUAUGCAGUUGUACUCAAUUCUCUCAACUUUUGUACUAAUAUUAAGUAUUCAUUAUUUAAGAUGAGUAUAAACUAAAGAAUUGAUAUUCUAAGCUUUUUAAGAUAAGUGUUAUUUUUAUAAUCUAUAUUCAAGACUCGCAAAUAUUAUAAUUAGAAUUACUUCUCUUAACAAGUAUAAUCCAAAUUAAACUAAUCUAUUACCAUCAUGAUUUCUUAGAAAAAUCUAAUUAUAGAUUACAUUAGAAAUAUCAGUAUUCAUUUUUAUGCUUACUUCAUUCCUAUAUAUUUUAGACUUUAACAAUUUUUUUAGGAAAAAAAAAGAUUAUUUUUGGCAGGAUCCAUGCAGCAAUUCUAUCUCUAAGCAUAUAAAUCAAAUUAAUAAAGAUUUGAUAAGGAGGAAUAAAUAUUUUGA